AUCGUUCUCAAAUUUGUAUCCGUGGGAGAACGCAACCACUCUCUAUUUAUCUUUCAAAAACAGCUGUUCAUUACUUCGAAAAGGUUUGGCAGUGUAAGCUAGAAUAAAUAAGAAAUUAUACAAUUCCUGUUUAUCGUACUUCAGUGAAGAGAUAGGAAAAUGAUUAAUUCAUCCGUCAUUAUCAGUGGAGAGGCUUCUGAAACGGAUAGUGAUGAUGAUAACUGCAAGGUGAAAGAUAUGACUACAAGUACUUCUAUUCAAGCUGCAAUCGUAACAGGCGAAGACUCGGAGUCUGACGAUGAAAACCCAGGCAGCAUUGCAAGUGCAGUAUCCGUUUUAACACAGUCAGCACAAGAGUUUACGAAAAGUGGUCUUAGCGAUCAACAUAAGAGUGAUUCGCUACUGCAUAAAAAACUAAGAGAGUGUAAUGACCAAUUAUGCACUGAUCUUGAUGCAUUUUCUCAAAGUGUCAUUACACAAGCUGGAAAAAAUUUAACUGCGAUUGAUCAAGAAUUACUAAAGUCUCAAAAUACUUUACAAACCGCUGUCACAUCACUGCGGGCGUUACAUCUUAACUCUGCAAUGAUUAAAGAAAAGUUGCAAACUAUACUUUCUUCAAAAUUUUUGUCUAAUAUUAAGUAGCGGUAUUUUUUAAAUGAUCUAUACUUAUAUGGUUUUCACUUUGAAGUGAACCCGGACAUAGUACCUAUUCCCAUAAAUUGUUAUAUCUUCCAUAUACUUUAAUGUGCCACCUAACAAAAUACAUUAUUGUAGACACAUACUUUAAGGGCUAUGGUAAGUAUAUAGUCAUAAUCUUGCGCAAUACCUACCCCACAUAAUAAAUCCACUUUACAACUAACGGGCGAUCAAAAAUGAGUUGCUGUCGAGUUGCCUUUGGAAAUUCAAGUUAAGUACGAUUUACCAUGUAAACAAAAAUUCCAAAGGUGACUCGAUAGCAACUCAAUUUUGAUCGCAUAGUAGUAUGUACGAAAGCUUCCUGGUGUCACCAACUUUUUUUCUUUUAAAAAUCUCAAUAUAUUGACUUUUUUCUCAAUAUAUUGAGAUUUUUCUCAAUAUAUUGAGAUGUUUCUCAAUAUAUCGAGAUUUUUCUCAAUAUAUCGAGAUUUUUCUCAAUAUAUUGGCAUUUUUCUCAAUAUAUUGAGAUUUUUCUCACUAUAUUGACUUUUUCAUUUGUGUGUGCGUCCUGAACAACGAGACGUGAUCAAGAGAUUCCAGCGUUCGAGCCGGUUGUUAUACUUACAUUUUGAGUUUAUUUUGUGCCAUCUGUUUGUAUGUAGUAGGCAGGUAGGUAGCAAUGUAGGUAAUAAUAAUUAUUUUCUCUACGACUAUUAAAUAAUGCCCUGAUUCUUGCUGCAUAUUACAUUGAAUAAUAGUUUAAAUUCUUCACAGCGUGAUUUCUUUGUAAGAAAUCACGCUCGAUUAGCCAAUCACAUGCUUUUAUUUUUCAGAAUUCACGGUAAUAUGCAAUAAUCACAUCGCUUUGGAAAAAACUGACGGAGCGUAUCUUAGCAACCGCAUAAGUCACCAUUUGAAACGUCAAAAACGUAACUAAUUUCUUUUAAUUUUUUAAUAGUCGUAAAGGAAGUAUAGUCUUCUACUUGCCUAGAAUGGCUAUUAUUCACUUGGAACUUCAUCCACGUGAAUAAUAGCUUCUAUUCUACGCUCGUUGAAGAAUGUACUAUAAUUUUAGUUAUUAAUCUUAAUGUUUGUAAAAUCAUACGUAGGUACCUACACCUACCCUAAAUAUUAUACUAAUUCUAGUUACUUCUAUUUACAUUUUAUUUUGUUUUGUGUUCGGUGAUGGUAUUGAGCACAAAUGGUGGAUUCGCGAAUUGGUUUUCUUGAAGUUUAGUUGGAGAUGGCUAUCUAAUAAGUUAUCUUCGUGAACCAACCAAUAGGGUCGAAACUUAAAGUUGGAGGACGAUCGACGAUCGUAUCAUAUGGUGUGUCACAUUUCGUCUCACACACGUCGCAGUAAUGCGAUUGAACAAUACUGUCUCCUUUAACCACUAUUUCAGUUGUACGAUCUGCAUUUUACGUGGUUUGAGAAAAAAUGUCGGAAUUAGAAGAUUUCUUGAAACGGCAUAAUGUGCCAGAGGAAGUUGUUCAAAAUAUUAUUGCAGAACAGAUUUCUGAAGAAGUUAUAAAUAUGAUGUCCGAUACAGAACUAAAAACAUUUUUACCAGCUUAUGGGCACAGGAAGUUGGUUAGAGAGUUUUGUUUGAUGCGAGCACCAAGUACAUCGAAACAAGAAGCUUCUAAACAAUCACUACUGGAAAAAAUUAGAAGCCAAAUAUUUAGGGGAAAUAAAAAUGAUGAGGAAUCUGUGGUACACACAAAGAAAAAAAUUAAAUACAAUUCAGAAAAGUCGACCAGAAAUAUUGAAAUGGGUUGGCUACAUGAAGAUGGAAACAAAAUUGUGCAAGUACGUAGCAAAAAAGGGGGAGGAACUAGGAAACUGACAGUGGAGAAAUCUGCGAUGAAACAAGAACUGAUUGAAGCUGCGCAAAAAGUGUUUUUCCCUAACGGUUUCUCACCCAAAGGAAACAUCGAGGAUUUCGAUUUUGACUUGCUAGACUUCAAACACAAUGAAUAUCCACCAGAUAUAUCUAUUUCUCAGAUUUUGAAUAGUACUAAAGUAAAAGUUCUUCGAUUUUAUUUAAAAUCUGAGCGAAAAAACAUAAAUGCCGCAGAAAAAGACGUCAUCGAACAGUCAACUGCAGAGGCCUCAGAAGUAGUGGUGGCAGCUGAAACUGCCCGAUUUUAUUCAAAUUUUCUAGAUGAAGAUCUUGACAUACUACAAGAGGAUGCCAUUACCACAAAUGAUGUGGUUAUAUUUGAUUUGGAGUCUGCUUCGGAGCCAGGUUUGCAGGAAUUAUUUAAUAAUCCACAUUUUGACAUACAUCCAAAUGAACGAUUCUUAGAAACAACUACAAUGUCAGCACAAUUGCCUGCUAUUCAGAGUACUUCUACCAGUGUACAGAAUUAUACUACAAAUGUUCUUGAUAGAAACCGUCCAAACCUUGAAGAUCUAAAUGCAGAAAACCAAUUUCAGCAAACAGAUAAUAUUCAAACGUUAACACUACACAGAGGCAAAAUAUUUGAGGAACUGAUAGAAGCUUUUCAGAAGCACACGUUUCAUUAUUCUUGUGCUCUAAAAAUUGAAAUGAUUCUUCCAAACGGAGAAACAGAAUACGCAGAGGAUGUUGGAGGAGUUUUCCGAGAUACACUUUCAGAAUUUUGGUCCAGUUUUUAUGAGAAGUGUUCUGUAGGAACCAAUCUGAAAAUUCCGUAUUUGCGACACGAUUUUAAUGAAACUCAGUGGAAAGCGAUUGCAAGUAUAUUCUUAAAAGGUUUUACUACAGAAAGUUAUAUUCCAAUAAAAAUAGCUCCUGUUUUUAUUCUGAGUUGUUUGGGAUGUGCGAUACAAGAUGAAGAUCUAAUACAAAAUUUCUUGCAUUUUGUUUGCGAAUCUGAAAGGGAAAUUCUCCGGCAAGCAUUGUUGGACUUCGAUAAUGUGGACAGUGAUGAACUCUUAGACAUUUUCUCCAAUUAUGAUGCAAAAUGGAUUCCCACAAAAACCAAUAUUAAUUUAUUCUUAAGGGACAUUGCCCACAAAGAGCUCAUUCAAAAGCCCGCUUUUGUUAUUAAAUGCUUCGGACAAGUAUUCCAAACGCACAGUAGGAUUAGCACCUCUGAAAUUAUGGCUCUAUUUAACAACAUAAAACCAUCCUCAAAAAACUGUUUGGCAAAAAUUCAUUUACAAAAUGCAAACGAAACUACGCCACAAAUAACAGAAAUAUAUGGAUAUUUGAAAAAAUUUAUAAAAGAAGUUGAUGAUAGUACACGUUCGGCCUUUUUCAGAUUUUGUACCGGGUCUGAUUUACCUACAAGAGACAUUUAUGUAUCAAUUAUUAACACAACUGGCUUUGGGCGGGUUCCAAUAGGGCAUACAUGUUCUGGGUUGUUAGAAUUGCCCUCAAGUUACGAAAAUUUUGUAGUUUUUAGAAGUGAGAUGACAAAUAUCCUGCAAUCAAAUGUAUGGGUAAUGGAUAUUGUUUAAUAAAAAUAUAUAGGUAUAUGACUGUUCAUAUUUAUACCUACAUAUGUCUUAGCAAUAGGUAGGUAUAAUAUGUAUUAUUUUAUUUUUUGUUGCAAUU